GAGGGAGAUGCCGAAGCUGCGCGGAGAGGCGUUCUGGAGGGAGACGCUGCGCGGCGCCCACUACGUGGUGGCUCCUAUGGUGGACCAGAGCGAGCUGGCCUGGAGGCUGCUGAGCCGCCGGCACGGCGCCCAGCUCUGCUACACGCCGAUGCUGCACGCCCAGGUCUUCCUGAGGGACGCCAACUACCGCCGCGAGAACCUGUACGGCGAGGCCUGUCCCGAGGACCGCCCGCUCAUCGUGCAGUUCUGUGCCAAUGAUCCUGAGGUAUUUGUCCAAGCGGCGCUGUUGGCUCAGGAUUAUUGUGAUGCCAUAGACCUGAAUUUGGGUUGCCCCCAGAUGAUUGCAAAGAGAGGUCACUAUGGAGCAUUUCUACAAGAGGAAUGGGAUCUUCUUCAGAGAAUGAUUCUGCUGGCCAACGAGAAGCUCUCUGUUCCCAUCACGUGCAAAAUCCGUGUUUUCCCAGAGAUUGACAAGACAGUGAAAUACGCACAAAUGCUGGAGAAGGCUGGCUGCCAGGACUUUGUGUUCCAGCUGCUGACAGUCCAUGGCCGUACGAAAGAGCAGAAGGGACCCCUUGCUGGCGUGGCAUCCUGGGAGCACAUUCAAGCUGUCAGAAAAGCUGUGAGCAUUCCUGUGUUUGCAAAUGGAAACAUCCAGUGUCUCAGUGAUGUGGAAGAAUGUAUCCGUAAGACAGGAGUGCACGGUGUCAUGAGUGCAGGUAAAGAGCUUUUACUGUUAAUAGAUGGGGCCACAAACUGUUUCUUACUCUCCAUAUACAUUUAUAUAAAGCCUACAUUGGGCUGAUGUGUGCUGAACAACUUUGGUGGGAAGCUGUGUGGUCUUUCUCUCCCCGUUGGGCUGUUUCUCCCCAGGAUCAGGAAUCACUUCACAGUAAGAAUUGUUCUGUUGAACUUGCAGUACCAUUCAGUGGAUGGCUCACAUCUAAUUACUUGGCAAAAACUCUCCUGUGACAAUAUUCUCGUGGCAUCUAUUAAUUAGUGAAACAGUUGCUGAAUGGGUCUUGGUGCAGUAAUGUCCCCACUGAUGACAUGUUCCUGCAGAUGAUUCAUGUUGAGUUGGACAAGAAAGAUUUGGCUGUACUGGCUACAAGAGUCAGGAUAGAUAUCAGGAAAAGCUUCCAGCACUCACACAUCUUAAGCAGUGGAACAUAUUGUGGGGACAUUGCAGAAUCUUAUUUUUAAGAAAGCACUGAUUUAACUAAACUUAACAAAGGUUUGUCACACUAGUUGAGCAUGGCUUAGUAAGAAGCAGUAUCUGCAUAGUUGAGCCAAACAAAGAAGACUGUAAACUUAACAUGAGACACUCAUUG